AUGAAGGGCGCGGUGGUCGCGAAGCUGGCGGCGCAGGCGUACACCUUCUGCAAGGAGGCGGCCUUGCGUUGCUAUGCGUCUCAGCGCUGCGUGACGCGUGCGAGCGCGAGGGCCCCGGCGGGGACGCGGUGCAACCAGCAGGGCGUGGAGGGGCCCGCCAAGAAGAAGAAGGCCAACCCGUACUUCCAGGACCCAAAGGCAAACAUGACUCGCGACGAGCGAGAGCGGUACCAGGCCGAGACGGCGGACAAGGUCGCGCCGCCGCUGCUCCUCUCCCUCAUCGCGCAGGCGGAGGCGCAGGCGACGCUCUUCGAGUCGUGGGCCCAGUUCCACGCCGCCUCGGAGCACGAAGACGCGUACGAACUGGCCCUGGCCCUGACCCCUGACUCCGGCCGCCUGCGGCUGCGCGGCUCGCAGGUGGCGCGGCUGCGGCGCGCUUCGGAGCUCGUCGGCGAGGCGGCCGCCAAGGCGGCGGGCGUGCCGGGCGGCGAGGCGUGCGCUCUGGCGAUGAACACGGCGGCGAACAGCAUUCGCGAGGCCGAGGCGGUGGCGGAGAAGCACAACGCCACUGUCUACAUUGAGAGGGUGCCGCCGUUCUCGUCGCUGCCGACGAUCGAGCCGAAGGCGAUUGCGCCGCCGCCGCCCGAGGAGGACGACGACGGGCGCGACUCUGCCCUCGACUCGGGCUUCGACCCGUUCGCUUCGCUCGUGCUCGAGGACGCCUCUGUCUACUACGCCUCGCGAGACGACGUGUUGCGGCAGCGCAGCGGCGAGGGCGAGCCGGGCGGUGCGAGCGGGCUUGCCGCGAUCCUCCGGCGAUGUGUUCGAGCGGAGCUCUUUGCGAUGGGGCUGCCGCACGCGCUCGCCGCCUGCGACGACGACGCGAAGCUUCCGGCGGCGCUGAGCGAGGCGGUGGCAAGGGUGCACGGCUCUGGCGGCGCGGCGGCGCUGGGCGAGAUGCUCGCUAACGACCUCGACUCACUCGCCAUGUCGAUCGACGCUCUCCUCGAGGUCGAGGAGGGCGCCGACGCGCAGCUUCACCAGCAGCACGGGGAGCGGUGGGCGUGCGCUCUCACCGCCGAUGCGCGGCGCGAGCUGGCGCAGACGCGAGAGGAGAUCGCGCAGGCGGAGGCUGCGAACGAGGCGCUCUCGACGCACCACGCCGACCACGAGGAUUGCCUCUCGCUGCUCGACCUCGACGCGGGGGCGCUGGCCGGGAGGGUGCCGCAGGCGGAGGAGGGGUCGCGCCUCGCCGACCUCGAGUGCGUCGGCGACAUCCGCACCCUCCUCGCCUCCCUCUCCUCCUGCUCCGAGACUCGCACCGCCGCCAUCGCCGAGGCUCGCGCGCUCGCGGAGCGGGACGACAUCACGGCGCGCGAGAUCUAG